CGGACCGCGCAGCCCCUCGCCCCCCUCUCGGAAGCUGCCGCCAGUAUCUCGCGGACCGCGCUGUCGACUCCACACGUCGGCCAUACGUUCCACACAUCAACCAUCUAAACAGUUCCGAAGUUCGUCCUGAGCUAAUCCCAGUACUCGUCAGUGCUUUAUCGGAAAACUCGAUCCCCGGAUAGAACUCGUCUGUGCUGUGAUCAUACUGUGAACGUGUGAAGUGCAGAUAGUGGUUUUAACCAGUCGCUCUACUUGUGAUCGGUUUUAACUUUUUGUGAUUUGGAUCCUCCGGUGUGACCGGAGGGUGUAAGCGGGCCGUCAAAAUAGCCAAAGUGUCUCCCAUAAAGUUGUCGGCUAUGGACAGCAACUCGGUGUCACCGAUGCCGGAGCUGGCGCCAAUAGCCGAGUUCGACAAGUCGCCGCCUUCGCCUCCCAACGAGGAGGUACCUAUGGACGACCUUCCACCACCUCCGGCGACUAUCUCCCAAGCGGAAGGAAAGAAAAUGAAAGUUCAACGGACCCGUUCGUACGAAUCGGACGACCAUGAACGAGGAGCCUGCGAGUGGUGCGAGUAUGCGCUGGUCAUCACCCUCGCAACCAUCCUGCUCAUCGGGGUGUCAGCUCUUACCAUCUUCUGGGUAUUCUACUACCGUGCCGGAUACGCUUGGGCUGAUGAGAACCCCGCUAAGCAGUUCAAUUUGCAUCCAACACUUAUGGUGGCCGGAUUCAUCACCUUCAGUGGAUUUUCGGUGUUGCUCUACCGUAUCUGCCGGUGCUUCAGACGUAUCUACGUGAAGCUUCUGCACGCAAUCUUCCACGCAUUGGCCUUCCCCUGCAUCGUGAUAGGCUUCCUCGCCGUGUUUGAUUACCACAAUAAAUCCGGGAUCAACAAUUUUUACUCCCUACACAGCUGGAUUGGCUUGGUUGCUAUGGGACUGUUUGGAAUUCAGUACGCAGUCGGUUUCUUCAGCUUUCUCCUACUACUGAUCUGCAACAAAGGCACAGCUGGUUUCCGUGCCUCCCUGGUCCCGGUGCACGCUGCCUUCGGUAUUCUGACCUUCGUGCUCGGUGUUGCUGCUUGCCUCACUGGUCUUACCGAGAAAGCACUCUUUGAUAUAGGGGCAGAGAAAUACUCGUCGCUGACCGAGGAGUCUAUCGUGGUGAACGCCAUCGGAAUGUCGAUCGUGGCUGUCGCCGUGGUGGUGCUGUUCACGGUCCGCGGGACCGGUGGCUACCGUCUGCGCAAGGUCGCCGCUCAACACCCGAGCUAAACUUUUAACAAUCAACGACUACACCAUAGCAAUAACAUAUGGUAGUUCGGUGACAAACCCGGCUCAUUUCAACGGAAUAUUGCAUUCGUAUGGGUAAUUUGACAACGAUAUUUUCUGAUAUGCAGGGUGAAAUCGAAAUUCUAACAUUCUUUAGAGUUAUGUUUCUUAUACUAAGUUAACCUACAGUUGAGUUGAGCUAUACAGAUCGUGCUAGUGAAAGGCUCAAAUUAUUUAUGCUUUUUCCACCCAUGUUUAUUUGGGGAGUGUUCAGUUUUAUUGGAAAUCUACACGAUUUCAUUCUCUAUAUCUAUAUAAAUAUGUUUUUCGAAGUAUUAAAUUUUAUUUAAUUAUAGUACAAUACCUUUCUAUUUUAUGAUGUAACCAGUGUUAAUAUACUCAUUGAGUUUUUUUUGUAUAAAAUUGAAAUAGUUAUUUCAGCUGAAUCAAAAUUUUAGAUAAUUGUUUACUAAAAUUAAAAUGAACAUCUGUCAAAUUACUUACGUCUUGCUAACUAACUGCAGUGUAAAGAAAUGGUUGACGAUUGAUUUCUAUUAAAAGGUCUAAUAAAUGUUGUGACAUCGCUUACAUAUAAAAAUAAAAGCCAGCUAUGUACUAUGGUACUAAACUUAAGGUAAAAUACAGUUGUAAUCGAACGACACCGCGACGUAACGUUACUUGAUCAUUUAAUGGUGUCCAUUACUUUAAAAAAUCGGGAACGUCUAAGAACUUAAAACAUUAUGAAUAAAACGAGGGUUUCCUAUUUUCCAUAAAAUUUUAUAACUUUAAUGGAUUAAUAUAAGCGACUAAGAUGUAAAGAAUUCUUUAAAAAUCACCUUUUACAUGAUGCCGUGGUUUGUCUCUAAAUGAAAUAUUAUUUAACAUUUUCAAUCGACUUACCUUCGAUUUUAUGCUUACAGUAUUAAUAAGUAAGAACACCAUGACUAAGUAAUUUCUCUAAUAAGCAUAAAUUCGGACGGUAUCUUCCAUUUUUUAUUUGUAAGUAAUGAAUUUCAUGAAUAAAUGAAUAGAAAAAGACAUCGUUAAAUAACAUGGAACUCAAACAUUUUAAUGGUGUUUAGAAAAUUCAAUUAAGUUUUAUAGCGAAAUUAAAGUUUAUUGGUUAUUGUGACAUUGUUUAGCUCAAUUUGUUAACUUUAGGUUAUACAAAUUAUCUCGGUAACAUUGUAUGAUUGUCCUUGCGGUUGUGCAUCGUUCCAUUUUGAAAUUUUUAGAUAAUAUAUUUCACUCCGUCUUAAUCUAUAUUUCCUUUGCCUAUAUUAAAAUCCGAUAUUUUUAAUCUAUUGAAACAAAAGAUCAGUGAUCAUAAUAAAUUCUUAUUUUAAAAAUAUCGCAUUAAUGUAGGUAUUUGGAAACUGCCAGUAGUCAAAAAUUAUAUGACUGAUGUAGAUUGGAACACGUAUUGAUUUUUUUUUCAAUUCCGUGGACAUGUAUACAUUACUAGAAAUGAAGUUAAAUGAUACUAUUUCAAUUGAAUUGGACAUGAAAGUGUAAAUUUUGAGAAUCAUAAAUUGAAAAAUAAAAUAUGAAAUCGGUCAACAAUAAACGCAUUCAUUUCCACUUCAACAUCCAUUGUACUCGCUGUUCUGUGGUAAAUUAGCGGUAGAGUUAGUUCAGUAAUUUGCCGUGUGUAAGGUAUGGAAUUGGUGUGUGUAAUGGUUGAGUUGAUGUACACGAGCCAAUAGAUCGCAAUAUAUACCUACCUACAUUGAAUUAUCAAUUUCAAACGAAUAUUUCAGAGGCCAUACACAUUUUAGAUACCUAUGGAAUUUUGGUAUCAGCCCUAAAGUAGGUUUUAGUUAAGACAAUUUAGAUGUAACUUGUAUAUAAUUUUUAAUCUAAUUAAUGUAACGUGCGAGUGUUCGAUAGUUGUAGAAUGUGAUGAGUUGUAGUAUUAUACCAUUUAAAUAUUUAUUAAACGAGUACGAAAUCGUAUAUCGAUAAAAUAAAAACAUAAAUUGCCCUAUGACGACUCCAUUUGCAAUAUUUCAAAGUUUUUGUUAGAUAUUAUAACUUCGUCUAUUUAUUACUAUUAAUUCGAUAAGGAAUAUUAAUACUUAAGGUAUAUAAAAACCGGCCAAGUGCGAGUCAAGUAUCGCUCUAAAGGUUUCCGUACAUACAUGACUAUGUUGUUUAACUGUCAACGAAAAAAUCUUUAAGCUAUAAUUUUGCUGAAUCGACUUAUCACUAAUUGUUGUUCAAAUAUAAUUUCAGAAACAUGAAAUUCCUAAAUAGUUUAUAUUUGCAAAUAAAUCUUAUAAAAACUGGUCUAAAAGUGACAACUUUGACGGCCUUUUAGUUUCUGAAGGAAAAAGAUAGUAAUUUCUUUAUUAAUAUUCUAUAAAAUAUUCAAAUGUCGGGCCUGUAACUCAUUCCAUUUACGAGCUAGAUAUAUGUGACACACGGACAGACGGCAGUACCAGUAGGUAGGACUUGUAAAAAGAAAACAAGAACCCUAUAUGUGUCUGCGUCGUAAAACGUCUGUUUUGCGUCACGUCUUUACAAACGAUUGACUACUGUGUAUUUAUACAAAGUGUUCAUCCAAGUUGCCAAAUUCGAUGUAAAAUCAAGUGGUCAUGUUUGUUAUAAUCAAUUAUUACUAUGUAUUAUUACGUACAUAUAUAUAAAUACAUGUAGCAUGUUUAUCAAUAAUUAUAGGAUAAUGCUCAAGGUGUUUAAUUUUAUAAGAGGAUUAUCUACAUAUUAUUUCAUUAUGUAGUGCGUCGUGUUUUCUAUUAAGUAAUUAAGAUUUAUGAAAACAUAGUGUUUUUAUAAAUUUGCAUUCCAAGGAGGCACAAAAUGAUUUUCAAACAUUCUUUUUGAAAAUAUACAAUCCGUUAAGACUGCAUUCAUUCAUAAGUAGGUCCUUUUAUAUCUGACUACAGGAUUUGUGAUGAUUUUUGCGAGAGUAUUUACAAAUUUUAAAUAUUCCAGUUUUUGUGGAUCCCUUUGAAAUAUUGGGGCCAAGUUUUUAUAUUAUUAUAGAUUCCCCGAUUGUACAGCGGUCACAGAUUUAAAUUUUCUUAUUAGGAUCGACCACUAUUUACCGAUUUGUAAACGAAUAAAUGUAAUUCAUUUGUGAAAUACACCAAGAGAUUUAUUAUAGUACCUGCUUAUUGAUGUAAUAUUUAAGAGUAUAUAGAAAUGUUAUUUUCAGUUAUACAAAUAAGUUGCGAUUUGAUAUACAUACCUACAUGAGAUUACAAAUUGUACAUUUCUUUAUAUAUUUGCUGUAAAUUAUCAUUGAAAUAUUAUUUUGAGUUGAGUUGACUGCAGUUGUAGUAUUGGUUAAUAUGAAUUUUAUCACUGUUUUAAAUUUUGAAAUAUUUAUACGGCAUUCAUAUGGUACAUUAAAAUACUUGUAUUAAAGUA